CCAACAUUCAAAUCAAAAAUUACUCAAUCAAACCACCAACCUCUCUUCUAAACUCCCCCAUUCUCAAAAAUUCACAUAAAAAUCUCCAUUGCUACUCCCGCAAAAUCCAACCUUUAACCCUCUUCCUCCUCCUCCUCUCGUCUCCAUAUCUACAUAUGUUAAAUCCCGCUCCUCCUCUCCAGGACGACCAUGACGACCUCCACCGCCCUCCUUCCUCCUCGGAGAUAUUUUCAGAAAUGGGCGCCAUAGGCAAAAUCUGCUUCCCCACCGCCGUCACCGGUUUGGUUCUCUACUCCCGAGCAAUGAUCUCCAUGCUCUUCCUCGGCUACCUCGGGGAACUUCAACUCGCCGGCGGAUCUCUCUCCAUCGGCUUCACCAACAUCACCGGCUACUCGGUCCUCUCCGGGCUAGCCAUGGGCAUGGAACCCAUUUGCGGCCAAGCCUUUGGCGCACGCCGCCGCCAUCUUCUAAGCCUCACUCUCCACCGUACGAUUCUCCUCCUCCUCGUCGCCUCCCUCCCCAUCUCCUUCCUCUGGCUCAAUAUCCGCCGAAUCCUGCUUUGGCUGAACCAAGACGACUCCAUCUCCACCGUCGCCGCCACCUUUGCCACCGCCGCUAUUCCCGACCUCCUCUUCCUUUCCUUCCUACACCCUCUCCGCAUCUACCUCCGUUCUCAGAACCUCACUCUCCCCGUCGCCGCCUGCUCCGCCGCCUCCGUCGCCGUCCACAUCCCUCUCAACUACUUCCUCGUCAUCCGCCUCCGUAUGGGCGUCGCCGGGGUCGCUUUUGCGAUGGCAUGGACAAAUCUUAACACCGUCAUCUGCCUUCUCUUCUUCGUCUUGUUUGUCCCGGGCCCGCAUCGCGCCGUUUGGGUCCGGCCCGGCCCAGACGCAUUCCGUGGUUGGGCCGGGCUUCUCCGUCUUUCUCUCCCGAGCUGCGCUUCCGUCUGCUUAGAAUGGUGGUGGUAUGAGCUGAUGAUUCUUCUAUGCGGGCUAUUAUCCCGCCCGCAGGCCGCCGUGGCUUCCAUGGGAAUUCUGAUCCAAACCACUUCUCUCGUUUACGUCUUCCCAUCGUCUCUCAGUCUCGCCGUAUCGACACGCGUCGGAAACGAGUUGGGCGCCGGCCGGCCGAGGAAUGCCCGCAUAGCGGCUUCAGUGGCCAUUUCAUCCGCAUUCGUUCUUGGGAUUGCCGCCAUGGCCUUCACAUCCGCCGUGCGGAAUCGCUGGGGGAAAAUGUUCACGAGAGAUAGAGAGAUUUUGGAGCUGACGGCGGCGGCUUUGCCAAUUGCAGGAUUAUGUGAAUUGGGGAACUGUCCGCAGACGACGGGCUGCGGAGUGCUGAGGGGAAGUGCGAGGCCGACGACGGGAGCCAAUAUUAAUUUCGGGUCCUUUUAUUUGGUGGGGACGCCGGUGGCGGUCUUAAUGGGUUUUGUUGUCGGUUUUGGGUUUAUCGGGUUGUGGGUUGGGUUGUUAGCGGCGCAAGCCACUUGUGCGGUGUGGAUGGGCUGGGUAUUGGUGAGGAUGGACUGGGUUGCGGAGGUGGCGAAGGCGGGUGAAUUGACGGAGUUACCCACCCCGUCGGUUCAAAAGACUCAGGAGAAGAAUAAAGGGGACGGUGAUGAUGAAAUGAUGGAGAAUAUUGAGGGGAGCGGUGGUGCGAAGAGAGAAGCAGCUUUGUUGAUUUCGGAUAUGGAUCCUUUGAUUAUUCCUCAGGCUGGAAACAGGCAGCUGCUGCAAGUAUAAAUUCUUUCCCUUUUUUUUUUUUUUUUUUUUGUGGGUUUUGUCUUCUUUUAUUUUUGGUUAGUGUGGAAUGAUGCUUUGGGUUGAUCUCAUUUAGAAUUUCACCAACUUGUUCGUCAGUUGGGCUUCGUUGGCUACGGUUUUUUUAUUGCUUUUUAAAAAA